AUGUUCGGCUCUUCGAGAUCUGGAGGCUCGCGAGGAGGCCAGGACAACUUUAGCUGGGAUGAAGUGAAAAUCGAUAAACACAGAGAAAAUUAUCUCGGGAACUCUUUAAUGGCCCCAGUUGGACGGUGGCAGAAAGGCAAAGAUCUUACAUGGUAUGCAAAAGACAAAAAAGGCGGCAAAGCUUUGACCAAAGAGGAUGAAAUAGCUGCAGUCAAGGCUGCAGAACACGAGGCGUUGAUGGCUGCUUUAGGGCACAAAAAUAUAAAGAGGCAACCAACUGGCAUGACCAAGGAGGAUCUCAUAGAAGUUUGCAGGAGGGAAGAGGUUGAUGGUGAGGAGAAGGACGUGGAUCGCGUAUCAGGCUUGGGAAGCUCCAGCGUAGGGGCCCGAAAAAUUUUGCUGUCCCAAAAAGAGAAGGAAGUAGCAAAAAUGGGCCUGCCGGUUUUUACUCAUCACAAGACUGAGACGUGUCCUGAAACUUCAGCUGCAGGAACAUCUGAGAGUGCCGGAAAACAAGAGGUGGAACCAAGGCAUGAGAGCAGAAAGAAGAAGAAGAAAGAAAAGAAGAGCAAAAAGGAGAAAAAGAGCAAAAAGGAGAAAAAGAAGAAAAGAGAGAGGAGAGAUUCGUCCUCCGACGAGUCAAGUGACGACAGAAAAAGACACAAAAAGGACCACCAUCGUCAUAAUCCAUCAUACCAUAGUCAGAGUGGAGCCAGACCCCAUGACAGCCAUUCAAGGGGGGGAGCAAAGGCCGAGCGACAGCCUUCCCACCCCCAUCAUCGACAACAGCGGCAUGACACAGACUCUUCGGAUGGGGGGUCUCCGGCUCGCAGUAACCCUGCCAUCCACAAGAAGGCUCCUGCUGGUGCCACACAAAGCCACAGGCGGCGCCACGACACAGACUCGGACGACUAA